CUUUCGUACCGUUACCGGUGGCUGAGCUAGCCAAAAUCUUCGACGAUCUGCCUCUACGUUACCGUUCCACGAUGUGAAGUGCUCAACGCUGACGUCAUCUUCAUUUCUUUGCCUCCACAAACCACAAAACAACAUUCUCACUCUGACGACACACGCCACCAUGGAUAGAGGCCUUGCCGUUUCCGUGCUGUAAGAUCAUUGUUGAAGGGACAGAAGUAGUGAUGGGUUCCAUGUUGAGACUGUCGUUUGUGCUGUCGCUCCUCUCGCUGGUUGACGCCUUUGUGUCCAACAGAUAUGGCCACAGCUAUCAAAAUGCCGUUUCAUUGAAUGCUGGUCCCGUCGAUGACGAUGUCGGCCCCAAGGGAGCGUCCAGGCGACGAACCGAACGACGAAUGCCCAGUAGGCCGGCAACGAGGGCUCGAAGACCGCGACCAGAACCAGCUGCUUAUCCUGUGGCGACCAAGCGAGCACCUCAUCAGCACGAUCACACGAAAGCAGACGCUCGGCCGUUUAUCGAUGCCAUUAAGGAAGUCCGAGUGCAAGAUCCCAACACCAAUGCUCCUGUCUAUGAUAGUGACUCCUUUGCCACUGUGGCGGGCCCUGUGAUUGAACACGAUCACGUCGAAACCAAAUCUCUGGACGAGGUCUUUCCCACAGCGGGUGGCCAGUUUUGCGGCUUGUUUUCGAGCAAUCAAGAAUUCCGAAAUGGGAUUCGAAAUGCCAUGCGACAAGAUAUCUUUGAUGCCACACCAGCGUAUGCGGGCAUGUCGGAAAAGGCACGGAGAAUGUUGCUGUUACCCGAUUCUUCCUUGCAAGGGUCGUGGCGCUGUCAGGGACGACCAGAAUUGGAAGAAGGCCAGCUGCGCAUGCCAUUGCUGACCAAGGUGCUGAAAGAACAUCUUGGAGACGGAGCACCCACGGGAGAUGAGUUUAUGGACACCAUUGGUGAUCUCUGUGGAUCCAAACCUCAGACUCACUGGAUCGACAUUGUUGGCAUCACUGACCGGAAAAUAAGUCACUCGUGGCAUCAAGAUACCGGACGUUCCCCCAAUGAGGAUACCAAAACAGUGCUGUUUGGGUUUCCCAUUGAAGAUGAUUAUGUGGGUGGCGGCGUCUUUAGUCACUUGGUAAAACUGGAAAAGGAGCAGUGGGCUCAGGAGGAGCACCCUCCCAGUGAACCUGUACUGUUCGCGAGCUCGAUUGACGACAAUUACAUUGUUCGACCACAAUUUGCCAAAGGACAAGAGAUCAUUAUUUACCGAGAUGUGGAUGUGCUACAUUCCGCACCGGAUGUUGCCUACAGAUCCAGCGUAAUGCGGUUCAUGUAACUUAAUUAAUUGCGGUGUAGACAAGCAAGCCGCACAAAACUUUUGACUCUCUCGAUCAUUCGACAGCAUAAUCCUUAAAAAUCAAUGCCUGACAAUUUUGCAUGGUAUUGCUGGGCGUUCUCAUGAAGGUCUGGUUAGCCACAAACAAAGACUGACAUGGUUGUGUUUUUAGUCUUUUGCUUAAAACGCUAGCAACUUACCGUACCGGUACCGGUACCGGUACCGGUACUGGGCGUGGUGGCAAAAGGUGGGCCCACCUUGGCCAUACCGUACUGUGCAGCACAGUUAUAGGAUAGGACCGGAAAAUACACUAAUACUAGCUAGCUAGUAGCAGAGAUUUGGGAGUCCAAGGUAGAGAGUCUUUAGAAUAUCCAAUUCUAUACUCUACGGUGAAGGUACCCCAAACAUUAUCCAGCCAUGGCAAAUAAUUGAUGAUUUGGGAAAACCCUAAGGGAGAUACUUUCUAUGGUUGUCCGUUCGCAAUAGACUCGCCCAGACCAUUUGUCUUGAUGCCGCGUAAAUAGAGUUGCCGUGGCUCAAUUGUCGUGUGAUGGAUCAUUUGAUGAAUACCGCGAUACACAAUUGCCACGAUUUUUUUUCCAUCUCUCGCUUCUUCUAACCAACCAACCAACCACUAGAUAGUAUACCAUUCAUUCGAUUAUUUAAGCCUGAACACGCUCCAAAGCCUCGAACUGGACAAUGCUGUUCCCUCGAACGACAAUCUGCCCCAAGUACUCUUGCGAUUCAUUUUCCGUUUCUUCCAGCACGACAUUGAGAAAGGCAUCGUAGCCACGAAGUACACCAAUUAAUCUUCGAUUGCCAUUCAACAGAACCUUCAGUCGUUUGUCCUGUGAGAAGAAGAAAAUCAAUGAAGAGGGAUUGGGUGAGAGACCAAAUCACAAGCGGUGACCAAAUCACUGACAAGCAGAGCCAUGUCUACACGUACUCACCAUGAAACGCUUGAGAUCGGGUCCUUUCUGGAAUUUAGACGUCGCCAUUGUGUUUCUUUUAGUUCAGUUUAAUUGAAUACUGCUGCUGGUUCUACUAGCUAGUAGAGUCUCAACCUCUCUGUUGGUGUCGCUUUGCUGUUGGUGGUUUGAGACUGGACCAUGGUCGACGGUUGACCGAUGGUGGCGGCAGUGUUUUAGCUCCAACCCUAG